AUGCUUGCCCAGCCUAUCAUACACCCACCUCUCGCAGAGCUGUCUUAUAACCCACAAUUUUCUUCACCCUCAGCUGUUCAGGUACGGCCCAAGGUGCCGCGAAAAGCAGAAACACCACCUUUCAAUCUAAGAGCAGCAACAUUAGAAGACGCACAAGCCAUCUCUGACCUUGGUGCAUCUGUGUUUUCUGCUACUUUCGGCUUCUCAAUUCCUGCCAAGGAUCUGGCUGCGUAUCUGGACGAAGCAUAUAGCAUCACCGCACUCCAAGACGAUAUCCUCAGUCCCAAGAAACAUGUCAUUGUCGCAUGCGAACCUUCAGAUGGCCAUGUUAUUGGCUUUGCGCAACUGACCGAAGGCACUAGCGAGCCAUGCAUAGAGGAUCUGGCCAAUAUUGUUGAAUUGCAACGAUUAUACGUUCACGCAGAUUAUCAUGGCCUGGGGCUCGGGAGGGCUCUGACCCAGUGGACCGAAAAGGUGGCUUUGGAUAAAGGAUAUCAAACCAUGUGGCUGGGCGUCUGGGAAGGCAAUUUUCAAGCCCAACGGAUAUACGAAGCCAUGGGGUUUUCGCGUGCUGGUGAGCAUGAGUUCCAAAUGGGAAGAUGUAUUCAGACGGAUUGGAUCAUGUACAAAGCGUUAUGA